AUGUCAUUGGAGGAGAUCCAUGAAACUUUGCAAGCAAAUAAUGUGUAUUCCAAAGAUGACUGCUAUAUGGAAUUGUGUUUAGAGGCUUGUAUUGAUAAAGGAUAUUCUUCAGAUGGUACUAGUGAUUGGCCGUCUCAAGAGAAGCUCAAAGUUUUUAUGUCCAAGUCCAAACACCUCUUUGCUAAACUUAAUUAUGCUGAGCAGAUUAAGAAGAAACAGGAAGCUGAAUUAGAGAGGCAAUCUCAGCAAUUGAAUGAGGCGUUGAUGGAAAGGAACUUCAAAAGGAUUACAAGAUCCCAAGCUAAAGGAAUUCUGAAAUGCUUGGGAUUAAUUGAUGUUGAUAACGUUGGAUAUAAAGCUAUACAGUAA